ACAUUCACCGCUGAUUGUUUUGAUUUGUUGAUGUUUCCCGUUUUUGUGUACGAGGUAUAGAGCCGCGAAUUUUUUCACGCCGUUACAAACUUGUCGCUGUUACCAAGGGAAGAGCACGGAGAGCACGAAGAGCGAGACAACCACCAUCAAAGAUCAACUAUGUCGCUUAACAUUAUAAAUCCGAAGCCCUUCAUCAGAGAUCUCGUCGGCACAGAGGUGCUUGUUAAACUGAAGUUCAACAACACCUCCUACAAGGGCAAGCUACAGUCAAGCGAUAACUACUUCAACAUCUCUCUCAGCGACCCUGAGGAGAUUGUUGAUGGACAAGCCACGAAGCUCGGGAAUGACUUAUUCAUCAGAUGUAAUAACGUGCUGUACAUACGACAGCUUGUGGAGAAGUCGUAGCUGUUUGUUUGCGUCGCUCUGCUGGUGGACUGUGGUGUUCUAGGCAUAGAAAGAGAAACAUGUAUAAACAAUGUUAUUAGACAAGUAUUAUAAUUACCAGUGUUCGUAUUCUAUGUACACACGGUGGGACGGGGUUGUUUUUGCUGUUUCUGUCACUUACGUAGCCCUCUGAUGAUCUCCAAGACGUCUGGGAUGACACUGGUCUUGAUUAUUUCCCAGUCUUUGCGUGGAAUCUUCGAAAGGACGUAGUUUACAACGUCGUCUGGUUUCCUCGACUCGGGACGACCAAUACCGACGCCGAGUCUAUAGAAGCCAU